AUGAACCCCGAAUAUGACUACCUCUUCAAGCUUCUGCUUAUUGGAGACUCUGGUGUUGGAAAGUCCUGCUUGCUUCUUCGAUUUGCCGAUGAUACCUACACGGAAAGCUACAUCUCCACGAUUGGUGUGGAUUUUAAAAUCCGGACCAUUGAACUCGACGGCAAGACUGUGAAACUUCAGAUCUGGGAUACUGCAGGCCAGGAGCGUUUCCGAACCAUAACCUCAUCCUACUACCGUGGCGCACAUGGUAUCUGUGUUGUCUAUGAUGUGACCGACAUGGAUUCUUUCAACAACGUCAAGCAGUGGCUCCAGGAAAUCGAUCGCUAUGCAACCGAAGGUGUCAACAAGCUGCUUGUGGGCAACAAGAGCGACAUGGAAGACAAGAAAGUUGUGGAAUAUACUGUGGCGAAGGAAUUUGCCGAUAGUCUGGGAAUCCCGUUCCUUGAGACUUCCGCCAAAAACGCCUCUAAUGUCGAACAAGCUUUCUUGACGAUGGCAAGACAGAUCAAGGAGCGCAUGGGGACCGCCACUAUCAACAACAAGCCCACUGUGCAGGUCAGCCAGGGCCAGGGUGUCCAGUCUGGCUCUGCAGGUGGAUGCUGCUAA